AUGAUACCAUCAUCAGGUCUCCCGUACGAUGAUUCCUCUCCCUGGUCCCCUCUUCAACCACAGGGUACAAAUACUGGCCUUGUCAACACAUUGGUGUUGUGUCCUGGCAAAGACUGCGAGUCUUCAUCCUCAGAUGGCACGAGUGUCUUCACCCCAGCAGCCACCGACCCCAGCCAUGAUUUUGUUGAUGCUACGAGUACCACACACACUGAUCUCCAAGAU